UCUGUCAGAGUUUCUCUCUGAUUGUUUUCAGAGCAGAAAGUGCUUCGCGAAGAGCGCGCAGAAACAAUGUGCCGCUCCUGACCAACACUGAAUGGAUUAGCCUGCUAUUCAGAGCACUAAUGAGAUUACAGAGUCACAACAGACAUGGGUCCUAGCGGCAUGGUACCUUUUGUCGCGCUUCUUGAGGAGUGUUUUCCUUGUCAGUCCCUCAGCACUGGAAAUGGAGCUUUGAAAGUGACCGAGGUGGACCCAGAGCAGGCGGAUGCCAGGGAUUAGACGCGCACAAGCUCACCUAUGUUGGUUGCGUGGUGGUUGAAGUGGUGGACAAUAUGAAGUACCAAAAAUACAUAACAGUGAUGCAGAUGGCCAUGGGAGUGACAGCCUCCAAUAAAGACAACUGCAUCCCUCCGAAGAGACAGCUGUGGGUGCCACCUGGCUCAGAUGCCCCUGCCGCCUCUGCUGCUGCCACGUCACCUGCCGCUGCUGCGACUGCCAGUCAGGGCAAACCAUCACUGCGCAGGAUCAAGGGCCGCAUCCACAGAAGCAAGAGCCUGGACAGCAUGGAUCUACUGGACUGCAAUAGUACAACAAUGGAGGAAACUGUCAUAUGGGAACAGCACACGGUGACUCUUCACAGGGCACCGGGUUUUGGGUUUGGAAUCGCCAUCUCAGGGGGCCGUGACAACCCUCAUUUUCAGAGCGGAGAGACCUCCAUAGUGAUCUCAGAUGUACUCAAAGGGGGACCAGCAGAGGGACUUCUACAAGAGAACGAUAGAGUGGUGAUGGUGAAUGGCGUCUCUAUGGACAACGUGGAGCAUGCCUACGCUGUUCAGCAGCUGAGGAAAAGUGGAAAGAAUGCCAAAAUUACUAUCCGCAGGAAGCGGAAGGUGCAGAUUCCUGUAAGUAGAGGAGGAGAAAGAGAAACGAUGUCAGAGCGUGAAGAGGAAGAUGACACAGAGGAGGAUGAUUACGAGGGUCCAGCUCCUCGUGCAGGGGGGGCGAGCGGAGGCACAGCAAGGAGAAAUGAGCGCAGUGGCAGCACCGGCCGGCGGGACCACAGUAAUUCCAGAGAGAGGAGUGUUUCUCCACGCUCAGACAGACGAUCAGUUGCGUCCAACAACCCACAGCGACCUUCCAAAGUCACACUCGUCAAGUCCCGCAAAAAUGAAGAAUAUGGUCUGCGUCUGGCCAGCCACAUCUUUGUAAAGGACAUUUCUCCUGAGAGUCUGGCAGCUCGUGACGGCAACAUACAAGAGGGAGAUGUUGUCCUGAAGAUCAAUGGAACAGUGACUGAGAAUCUGUCCUUGAUAGAUGCAAAGAAGCUUAUAGAGCGAUCGAAAGGCAAGUUAAAAAUGGUGGUGCAGAGAGAUGAGAGAGCCACACUCCUUAACAUUCCAGAUAUGGAUGAUAGCAUUCCCUCGGCCAAUUCAGACAGAGAUGACAUUUCAGAAAUCCAUUCACUGGCAUCAGAUCAUUCCCAUGAGCGCACCCGUCGCAGCCGAUCCCGUUCCCCUGACAAACGCUCUGAGCCCUCCGACAUCUCUGGUCACUCUCCACAACAGAUGAGCAAUGGCAGCCACAGAAGUCGUGAUGAGGAGCGCAUCUCUAAACCAGCGGCUCUAUCCACUCCAGUUAAGAUGGCUGAGGAUGCUCUUCUGGCUCCGCCCAGCGAACAGCCCGGGGACAAACAGAUCCCUCCACUGCCAGAGCCGAAACCAGUGUAUGCACAACCUGGGCAACCCGAUGUAGAUCUGCCAGUGAGUCCGUCUGAUGCCCCUGUCCCCAGCGUCACCCAUGAUGACAGCAUCCUCCGCAGGCCCAGUAUGAAGCUGGUGAAGUUUAAGAAAGGGGAAAGUGUCGGAUUGAGGCUGGCGGGAGGAAACGAUGUGGGGAUUUUUGUGGCUGGAGUUCUGGAGGACAGUCCUGCUGCUAAGGAAGGCCUGGAGGAGGGAGACCAGAUACUCAGGGUUAACAAUGUUGACUUUGCAAACAUUAUUCGUGAGGAAGCAGUGCUGUUCCUGCUAGAUCUGCCCAGAGGUGAAGAAGUCACCAUCCUGGCGCAGAAGAAGAAAGAUGUGUACCGGAGAAUAGUGGAGUCUGAUGUGGGUGACUCCUUCUACAUCAGGACACACUUUGAGUACGAGAAAGAGUCUCCUUAUGGGCUGAGCUUUAAUAAAGGAGAGGUGUUCAGAGUGGUGGACACUCUCUACAAUGGCAAACUGGGCUCCUGGCUAGCCAUCCGAAUCGGGAAGAACCACCAGGAGGUGGAAAGGGGCAUCAUUCCCAACAAGAACAGGGCGGAACAGUUAUCAAGCGUACAGUACACACUCCCCAAGACUGCAGGUGGUGAUCGUGCUGAUUUCUGGAGGUUCAGAGGCCUGCGCAGUUCAAAGAGGAACUUGCGCAAGAGUAGAGAAGAUCUGUCAGCUCAGCCCGUUCAGACCAAGUUCCCUGCUUAUGAAAGGGUUGUUCUUAGAGAGGCUGGUUUCCUGAGACCUAUUGUGAUUUUCGGACCAAUCGCAGAUGUGGCACGGGACAAACUGGCGAGAGAGGUGCCUGACCUAUUCGAGCUUGCAAAGACACAGCUCCCAGAUGGAAGGGAAAAGAGUGAACCUAGAGAUGCCGGCACUGACCAGCGCAGCUCGGGAAUCAUACGCCUUCACACUAUCAAACAGAUAAUCGACCGGGAUAAGCAUGCAGUGCUGGACAUUACUCCUAACGCAGUGGAUCGGCUGAACUAUGCUCAGUGGUAUCCCAUCGUAGUGUUCUUGAAUCCUGACAGUAAGCAGGGUGUGAAGAACAUGAGGACCAGACUGUGUUCCGAGUCCAGGAAGAGCGCCAGAAAACUCCACGAGCGUGCACUCAAAUUGAGGAAGAACAACCAUCAUCUCUUCACAGCCACUAUUAACAUGAACAACAUGAAUGAUGGCUGGUAUGGAGCACUGAAGGACACCAUUCAGCAGCAGCAGAACCAGCUGGUGUGGGUCUCAGAGGGCAAGGCGGACGGUUCACAUGAUGAUGACCUGGACCUUCACGAUGACCGUCUGUCCUACUUGUCGGCCCCAGGCAGUGAGUACAGUAUGUACAGCACGGACAGCCGUCACACCUCAGACUAUGAGGACACGGACACCGAGGGUGGCGCCUACACCGACCAGGAACUGGACGAAACCCUGAACGAUGAGGUCGGACCACCCAGCGAACCAGCCAUCACUCGCUCCUCAGAACCCGUCCGCGAAGACCCGCCUGUCAUACAGGAGCCCCCCGGAUACGGAGGAUAUCAGCCAGAACCCAUCAACCGCAUCGACCCCGCGGGCUUCAAGGCCCCUGCACCUCAGCAGAAAGCAGAGGCUGCUCUCCCCUCGCAGCCUGAGCCGCUGGCAGAGACAGCUCCCCCUGCUGUUCAUGUAAAUGUAGGGGCCCCGAGUGCCAAGGAUCUCACUCAGGGGGAAAUCAGCCCCAAGGCUGGCUCUCUCUUCCCACCUGCCCCUGAGCUUAUCCAACCCCCGUCUCCUGACCCCAACCAAUCCGGACAGCCCGGGUCAGAGUCCAAGAUGUACAAGAAGGAUAUCUACCGACCCAACGAACCAGUGCAGAUGAGCCAAAACCCUAUGCAGCCCAACUACUACCAGGAAGACAAGCCAUACAGAGAUUAUGACCACCAGCCCUACCGCUAUGAUGGAGGCUACAUGGAACCAAAGGCUCGUAACUUUGACCCACAUUUUGAGGACAGCGUGCCUCCAUAUAAUGAUCAAUGGGGUCAGUAUGACCACACCUCUGGGUAUGACCCUCAAACGAUCUACGAGGAUGGUCUGAACCGCAUGUAUGGUCACCCUCAGUCACGAAACGACACCGGCUACGACACAGGUCGACCUCGAUAUGGUAAACCAACCCCUGGACCAAUCAGACACGAUGAACCACCACCAUUACGCCCACAAUAUGACACUCAACAAACAUCUCGUUCCCCAGAACCGCCCAAACAACAAUACUAUGACCCUUCCCAUAGGCCUUCCAACACUCAAGCUCCGCAGAAAGGCUUUAUGAACUCUGAAGCACCGAUAACGCCACCCAAACCUGAGUCGCUCUCACCGCCUUUGGAACCUGCUCUUCCUCCUCCACCUCCUCCAGCCAUGGCAGAGGACGAUCCAGCCAUGAAGCCCCAGUCGGUGCUCACCAGGGUGAAGAUGUUCGAGAACAAGCGAUCGGUGUCUGUGGACAGAGCCAGAGAGUCUGCAGACUCUGGUAUUCGGCCUGUGGACAUGGUGCCUAAACCUGGUGCUGCCUCCGUGCCCAAAGCCAAUUCUUUAAGCAACCUGGACCAAGAGAAGACCUUUAGAACUCCGGAGCCCCAGCAGCCCCAGCCUAAAGUAGAUGAUAUCAUUCGCUCAAAUAACAACGACCCUGAUGAGGAUGAGGAGUACUACAGGAAACAACUGUCCUACUUCGACCGCAGGAGCUUCGACAAACCCUCCACACAGCUGACACCUGCCAUCAAACCAGCCCAACCCCAAACCCAGCCAGCACACUAUCCCAGAGCAGAGUCAGUGGAGAAGAUAACCCCAGCUGCUCCAUCAAACCCAGCUGUCCCACCACCAACCCUGCCUAAACCUGCAGCAACCCCACCGCUCGACCCUCACGGAUCCCCCAAAGUGAAGCCUCCCAGUCAUGAAGACACAGUCCAGAGCACUUACCUGCCUCACAAAAGCUACCCAGAGAAAUCCCCCGUCAACGGCACCGGUGAACCUCCAAAGACCAACAGCACUGCCACGUCCAGCUACAACCGUUUUGUGCCCAAGCCAUACACAACCUCCGCAAGACCCUUUGAGCGCAAGUUUGACAGUCCCAAGUUCAAUCACAAUCUCCUCCCUAAUGAUUCCCAAAACAAGACGGAUAAUAUGAAGGCUCCCAUCACAGCUAAACCACAGAGCUCACCCCAGCCGGCAGACCACGACAGCGGCCUGGACACCUUCACACGCACCAUGGACCACAAACCCAAAUACCAGCAGAACAACAUCAACGCCGUACCCAAGGCAAUACCUGUCAGCCCGAGUGCUUUGGAGGAUGAUGACGAUGAUGACAGCCACACGGUGGUGGCGACGGCGCGGGGCAUCUUCAACUCUAAUGGAGGGGUCCUGAGCUCCAUUGAGACAGGAGUGAGCAUCAUUAUCCCUCAGGGAGCCAUUCCUGAUGGCGUGGAGCAAGAGAUCUACUUUAAAGUAUGUCGGGAUAACAGCAUCCUGCCACCUCUGGACAAAGAGAAAGGUGAAACUCUGCUGAGUCCUCUGGUGAUGUGUGGUCCUCACGGUCUGAAGUUCCUGAAACCGGUGGAGCUCCGCUUACCUCACUGUGCGUCUAUGACCCCUGAUGGUUGGUCUUUUGCUCUAAAAUCCUCCGACUCCUCGUCGGGUGAUCCGAAGAGUUGGCAGAACAAAUCUCUUCCCGGAGAUCCCAACUACCUGGUUGGAGCCAACUGUGUGUCUGUGCUUAUUGACCAUUUCUGAGGAGGUCGACGACAGCAGGUCCUGUUACUGAAUGUGGAACCAGAUAAAAGGAGAGAGGACCUUCCCCCUUAUGAACACACACACACAUGCACACACAACAUGAAGACACUACGCUCCACCAUAAAUGAAGGGUCUCCUGGCUUUGUUUACGGUAACCUCUGAGACUGCAGGGAGAGUUACAUCCUAUGAAGUGCUGUUUUAAUCUCCUCAUCGUUCCUUCUCUUCUUUUUUAAGUGCUUUUAAAGGCUUUCGAGGAUAACAAAAACAGACAUUAACCACUGAUGGACUGCAUGCUCCGUGCCACUGACCAACUAAUACUCACACUGCAAGCCAACUGUAAUAUUUUCCACACGUUGUUUUUUUUUUUUAUUUUAUUUUAUUUUUUAUUAUUAGGUUCUUCCAUUCAGUCUAGACUACUUUAACGAACGUAUAGACUAUUAUAUUAAUGUGCAAAUGUAUUUUCACUCCAUAUAGUAUGCACACUAUUCUCAUGUAUAGCGCAACUUUUCUAGAAUAUGGAUUUCUAGUUUUUAGGCUUUCAGGCGAGCGGUUGAAGUGCACAGCUGACACGUUUUCCUGACUUUUACCAUGUCAAGGUGCAGGAUCAGUGCUAGAUGAGAGCAUAGUGGAUGUGAUGAAUAAUAACAGUAUGAAUUUUUCUAGCCAAGGAAGUGUCAACUAAGGCUCUUUUUUUUUUUACUAGCUCCUUUGUAGACACCGCUAGCCUCCUCACAGACCUGUGAACUUGAGCACUGGAACAUUCCUGCUGUGUCGAGAUCUAUGCACGUGCUUUGACUCAGGUGUGAAGAACCGCUGCUCUCUCCUUUUCUUCUCUCUCUCUCUCUCUGUCUCUUUCUCUCACUCCCUCGAUCUCUCACUCCAUCUGAAGCAGUGAUGCCUUAUCUGAAACGACUCACUUUUUUUCAACGAGAAUUUAAAAAACAAAAAACCUUUUUGGUUUCUUUUUGCUAAGUUGUUCUAAUGAUAAAUUAUGAAGAAACUGAAGUUGUCUUUCUGCCAUUAUAUGUCAACCCGCUGUAUAAAUAAACCUGGGUGUUGCACACGAAAAACAGCGUAAAGGUUAAGAACAGGUUUUCUCUUUUAUUUUUUUUUAUCUGCUAUGCACAUGUCCUUUAAAGAGAAACAGAAGGAGGAUAUCGAUUUGGCUGUACAUAAAGCUAGCAUAUUGCCUUCAUUAUUGGUUUGUAAAUGACUUUUUUGUACGUCUUUAUUAUUUUGUAUAAACUUAAGGGGGGAACGUUUAUAAAAGAGGAUGAAUGAAGUGAAAACGGUCGUCUUUGUAUUCUGGUUCUACCCUUGAGCCUCAGAACGUGUACUUAGCAGUAAUAAUAUCACCUUUUCUACAGACACACACUAAAUAUUUACGCGUUUUUAACGAUAACCGUCUUUUUAUUCAUUAUUUACAAGAGAAAGUGCUCGAUGUAAACUACUCUCAAAACCUGGUUCUUUUAAAACGGUGUGCUCUCGAAAUGUGUUCCACGCAUUUAUUUGUGAUACCGGAUGCUAUAUUGUGUGUCCUGAAAUGUAUUUUUGUACUAAUAGACGAUUUAUUAUGGCACACCGGAAGACUUGUUUUCUUUUCUUUAGACUAUAUAACACAGCUUUGACUGGUCAUUAGCUCUUCACGAGUGGCAGUUUGUUCCCUUUUCAACACAAUUUCCAGUAUGCCACUGUAUUAAAUAAUAAACCAUUUUUAAAAUA